AUGAAGCACAGCAGCCUCUUCCUACUCAUGGUGACCGUCCUCCUUUGCCUCCACCUGGCUCAACCUAGAUUCUUGUGGCGUAGAGGUACUGAAAAAUCUGGGUAUUGCCCCGAGUUUCAUCUUGACUGCCGUUUCACCCUGCUCCCCAAGUGUAAUCAUGAUCGGGGCUGCAAGGAAGAUAGGAAAUGUUGCUUCUACUAUUGCCGAAAGCAGUGUGUCAAGCCGUGGUGGACUUUGAACUGA